GGUUAUUAAAGUGGGUUGGAGGAACGGAGAGAGGUACACAGUAUAUAAAGUAGUGUAUACCUCCUCCUCUUUUGCUAGCUAUUUCAUCAAAUACAAAUACAAAUACAAACUCAAUUCCUCAUCUUCAGCUAUACAAUAACCAAUCCUACGCAAACCUCGCAAUUAUAUAUACAUAAAUCACAAUGGGACUCAUCAGCAAAGUAAUCCACAAGGUCGAGGGAAAGCACGAGCACGAGCAUAACCAAGGUCCUCCUCCCCAACAACACCACAUGGGCGGUAACGGAGGUCCCCAAGGUGGAUACGGAGGCCAACAGGGCGGAUUUGGCGGUCCUGGUGGUCCACAAGGAGGAUACGGAGGACCCGGUGGUGAACAUCACGGUAGCGGACAUCAAGGAGGUGGAUUUGGCGGACCGGGCGGACACCAAGGAGGAGGAGGAUUCGGUGGCGAGCACCACCACGGAGGCGGACACCAAGGAGGUGGAUUUGGAGGACCAGGCGGCCAUCAAGGUGGAGGUGGAUUUGGCGGGCCAGGUGGUGAACACCAUGGCGGAGGAGGAUUUGGAGGAGAGAGAGGUGGACACGGUGGUGGUGGACGAGGAGGACAUGGUGGAUUUUAAGUUUUGAAGUCUUGAGGAGAGAGAUGAAGGGGCAUUAUGAUACCAAUUUAGUUUGUUUUCUUGACUCGUCUUUUAUGGUACAAUGAAUAUAUGUAUUUUGUCA